ACUCCCGGAAGCUGAUGGCGGCCGGGACCGCACGGACAGCUGGACGAAGGCGAGAGUGACCAUGACGAAACUAGCUCAAUGGCUUUGGGCAUUGGCGCUCCUGGGCUCGGCUUGGGCGGCCCUGACCAUGGGAGCUCUGGGCCUGGACCUGCCCUCGCCCUGCCGGGAAGUCCUGUGGCCAUUGCCCGCCUACUUGCUGGUGUCCGCAGGCUGCUAUGCUCUGGGCACUGUGGGGUAUCGCGUGGCCACUUUUCACGACUGCGAGGAUGCCGCCCGUGAGCUGCAGAGCCAGAUUCAGGAGGCCCGAGCUGAUUUAGCCCGCAGGGGGCUACGCUUCUGACACUCUAACCCCAUUCCCGCCUGGACAACCCUCCCUCACAUUCCCCAUUAAAGACCAAAUUUAUUUUUUAACUCUUGUUUAGUUUGAGUAUGCAGAAUGGGAAUUGCGGAUGCUGUAUACCAGUGGUCGUGAGAAGAUGCCUUUCCUGAGGCCAUCUCAGCCUUUACUUUUGCAUCUGGUUGGUGUUCCCCAGUUUUGCUCAAAAAGAGGCAAAACCCAGAGCUGGGUUGUAGCUCAGUGGUAGAGCGCUUGCUAUCCUCAGCUCCACGUAAAAAUAAAUAAAUAAA